AUUAAUAUCAUUUUCCACAUUAAUUGAUUGAAUGUUUGCUUUCAAAAGAAUCGUUUUUCUGUAAUUGUGCAUUUUAAAUGCUGAAAAAAAUUAAAUUUCAGUUAAAAAGUUUUUAAAAUUGUUCAUAAAAGGUAGAAAAAGCAUUUUACUUUCUUCAUGUUAACGUACCAAAAAUUACAUGAACUCAGUUUAUUUUUUAUUAAGUACCAAAUUAAUCUCUUUUUUCCAUUUUAAUCAAUAAAAUGUGUUCUAUUGAACCUAUAUUUACCAUUUUUAAAAUUUUAAGAACUUUCAAAUUUGGUUACAAAUUGCUGCAACUAGGUUUAGUUGAAUACAUUACAAUGAAUGAAAUAAAUCAAAAUCAUUCAAAAAUAUUAAUUAGUAACUUAAGGAAUAAAGAGAUUGAGUUCACAUAAUUCUUCCUUUAUUAACUUGGAAAUUCUACCUUUUCUAUCUAUAAAAUAUAAUAUCUUAUAAGCUAUACAAAAUUAAUUUUAGAAUAUAAACUCGAAAUACAUUACAUUUUCUUUAAUUUUAGUCUGUAUAAUGACGAAAAUGUGAUUUGAUGUUAAAUAAAACUACCAUAUAUUUCCAAACAUAAGACGAAAAGUUUUGGAAAGCUUAAGUUGGGGUGGAUCAGCUUAUAAUCUAAUCUGCUAAUUUUGAAAAACUCCACACACACAACGCCAAUAAAAAUUCUUUUUCAUUGAUCGAGUAUUAGAGUUAAAUCACUGAAUAUCAUGAAAUGGCUCAUAUGAAACAUAUAAAUUUAUAAAAUAACGCAUUUGAAAAGAAAAGACGAAAAAGAAACGCAUAGAAAUGUCAAUAGCAAAAGAAUAUUAUUUUAUUAAGACUUCUAUCGCACUUUUUUCGUCAUAAAACCGCAAAUGAGCGCCACAAGUUUAAUAUGAUACUUUCUGAGUUUAGAUGCUCUUUCUCUGUUAUUCUAUGAUUUACUUGAACUUUUUGUCAAACAAUUUCCUGUUCACAUCAAUCAGGACUAGUAGGUUAAAAGACUUAAAAAGAAGAGAAGGGAAAACUGAAGUAGGAAGAAAAUAAUUUGUGGAACUUUCGAUGGAUUGUUAUUUCUGGCCAAAUGUAAACAAAUAAAUUAAGAUGGUUAGAUAGUCUGAAGGGGAAGUUGAAAAUUACCAUUAUAAGUUGAAAUUUACCAUUAAAAGUUAGCUCUUUUUUUAUCAGCUUAAAUGGGAUUUGAAUUUUGGGUCAAUUUUCAAAGAAAAAACCUCCCUGCUUAUGAUGAACUUAUAUUUGAAGAUAGACCAUAAUUUCAUUUAUAAAUGCUUUAAAUUAUAUCGAACUCCCUUGAAAGGUUUUACUUCUAACUCAAACUAUACUACUAAGAAUAAUAUCAGUUUUUUUAAACUUUAGGAUUUUUUCGGUAAUAGGGCAUUGACAUUACGGCUAUGUUACAAAAUGUAACUUUUACUAACUUUUUUUUUUACAUUUUAGGAUUCCCGAAAAAAGUCAAGUUACAUCAUUGCCAGUUUUGCAGUUAUUCAUCCUUAAUAAAGACAGACAUAAUCAGACACCAUAGAACACAUACUGGUGAAAAACCAUUUUUUUGCUCAUCCUGUGGUAAACGUUUUGCACAAAAGUCUCAUAUGCAACGCCAUAAUCGAACUCACACUGGUGAAAAGCCAUUCAAAUGUCUUACCUGUGGAAAAUGCUUCUCACAAAAGGCUAACAUGCAACGCCAUGCAAUAAUUCAUUUUUCAUUUGUUGCAGGAUUCAUCAGAAGGUGCAAGAUUCACCGUUGUCCUCUUUGUAGCUACAUCACACCGAUAAAAUCUCAUCUGGUUUAUCACCUCAGAACUCACUCCGGAGAAAAGCCUUUUUUGUGCGAAACUUGUGGAAAGUGUUUCGCACAAAAGUCUCACCUAAUGGAUCACAUUCGAACUCACUCUGGAGAAAAACCUUUCAUAUGCGAGACUUGUGGAAAGUGUUUCUCAAGAAAGUCCAAUAUGUUGCGACAUAAAAUAACACACAUCAGCAUUGUGUAUUCAUAA